AUGAAGAAGAUCCCUGCCACCAAGAAGGAGACAGCAGCCGCUUUCCUCAAUAAGGUAUUAAAGUAUGGACACAUGCUAUGAAGACAAACAUGGGCUCUCAGUGGUACUGUAGGCUAUAUGGUUGGGCCAUAUACAACAACAAACACUACUUCCCACAAACACAUGGGGAAACUUGUGGUUCUUUGUCAUUCUGUUGUCAUAUUCAUAGCACAUUCUGUCCAAAUGUGCUAUUGGCCAGCUAGCAUCAGAAGAUAGACAUACAACUCUAUCUCCCUCUUGCUCUCCCUGUGCCUAGCCUGUGCUCAACCUCAGUGUUAAUUUAUGUAUGAAGCAGGCAGCUCUACAGGAAAGGGAGGGUAUUUCUGCAGUGUUCCCCCCUUGCCUGUGCACUGUACAGUUUAUGAGCUUGAGCCAUCCACUGUUGAUGGAUCUGAUGCAUGGCUCAGCAGAGACAUGUACGUGUAGGGAGAGCUGUGAGUUAUGUGGAGAGAGAAUGGUGUGCAAUGCAAUGCUUUUAAACAGCACGCUAUAAAUAGAUUUACCACAGCAGCUGCUUGCUAUCCUGCCAGGUAGCGAUUUAAAACCCAUUGGGAGUACCUAGCUACCUUCCAGUAAGGGUUGUUAGCAUAUCAUAGAAUUGUAUUCCAUUUCCAUUUCAAACCCACCUCAUCUAGCCACAUUGUGUUUGGAUGAAAUGGAUAUGAAUGUCUAACUGUGGCUUAGCAGCAUUAUAGAAUAACAGUGAAAUAUGGGCAAUGCCUUGGGCACAACUGGACCUCAGCGACUGCGAGACAGUAUUGGGUAGGAAAUCGAUUAAAUAGCUUAAGUGGGAGUCAAAAUUCCACAUCAGUGACUGAAAAUCAGGAGUGGCCGGCUGUUUGGUCACAGUGAAGGGUUGCCUUGCCUGCGGCAGUACCCCAUUAAAAAUGCAUGUCUUUUAGUUAAAAAAGAAAUGUGUUGCAGAUCAAUGGAGAGUAUUUUUCUUCAGAUGUGCAGUCACUCAGUCAGUGAUGGGGGGGAUAUGGAGACAGAGAGUUGCAUGAAGAGCUCAGAGAGAGGCAUUAAUUAACCCAUAAGAGUCUAAGCCGGGGGGAUGGGGGGUUCUAGUUAGCUAUAUGGAAUUGUUUAAGAAGGUCAUACCAAGGAUCAUUUUGCUAUUUGAUUUAGAAUUUUAAGACCCCAUUGAAGGAUACACAUUUUUAGAAAGCUUUUUUUAUGAACUAUUGUUUUGGGCCUUACUGCUAUUAGCGCAUUCAAACACAUUGAAUAACAUAUUCACUACAUGGAACAACAGAUAGUCCCCACAAAAAAAAUCUAAAGGAAGUUGGUUCUGAAGUGUCUGAGACAUAUAAGAAAGAUCACCGUUGUCUGCACACAGCCAUGCAAUCUCCAUAGACAAACAUUGGCAGUAGAAUGGCCUUACUGAAGAGCUCAGUUACCGUCAUAGGAUGCCACCUUUCCAACAAGUCAGUAUGUCAAGAUUUCUGCCCUGCUAGAGCUUCCCCGGUCAACUGUAAGUGCUGUUAUUUUGAAGAGGAAACAUUUAGGAGCAACAACAGCUCAGCCGCAAAGUAGUAGGCCAGACAAGCUCACAGAACGGGACCGCCGAGUGCUGAAGCGCGUAGCGCAUAAAAAUAGUCUGUCCUCGGUUGCAACACUCACAACAGAGUUCCAAACUGUCUCUGGAAGCAACGUCAGCACAAUAACUGUUUGUCUGGAGCUUCAUUACAUUUACAUCAUUUAGCAGACGCUCUUAUCCAGAGUGACUUACAAAUUGGUGCAUUCAACUUAUGAUAGCCAGUGGUACAACUCUGGUACAACUCUGUGGUCCUCUGUAGCUCAACUGGUAGAGCACGGCGCUUGUAACGCCAAGGUAGUGGGUUCGAUCCCCGGGACCACCCAUACACAAAAAAAAAAAAAUGUAUGCACGCAUGACUGUAAGUCGCUUUGGAUAAAAGCGUCUGCUAAAUGGCAUAUUAUUAUUAUUAUAACUCCUUUUUAUUUUUAUUUUUUUUAAUGGGGGGGGGGGAUUACUUUUAAACUAUUCCAGGUAUUCCUUAAAGAGGUAGGGUUUCAAGUGGCUCCGGAAGGUGGUCACUGACUCCGCUGUCCUGGCAUCGUGGGGGAGCUUGUUCCACCAUUGUUGUGCCAGAGCAGCGAAUAGCUUUGACUGGGCUGAGCGGGAACUGUGCUUCCGUAGAGGUAGGGGAGCUAGCAGGCCAGAGGUGGAUGAAAGUAGUGCCCUCGUUUAGGUGUAGGGUCUGAUCAGAGCCUGAAGGUAAGGAGGUGCCGUUCCCCUCACAGCUCCAUAGGCAAGCACCAUGGUCUUGUAGCAGAUGCGAGCUUCAACUGGAAGCCAGUGGAGUGUGCGGAGGAGCGGGGUGACGUGAGAACUUGGGAAGGUCGAACACCAGACGGGCUGCAGCGUUCUUGAUACGUUGUAGGGGUUUAAUGGCACAGGCAGGGAGCCCAGCCAACAGCGAGUUGCAGUAAUCCAGACGGGAGAUGACAAGUGCCUGGAUUAGGACCUGUGCCGCUUUCUGUGUCAGGUAGGGUCGUACUCUGUGAAUGUUGUAGAGCAUGAACCUGCAGGAUCGGGUCACCGCUUUGAUGUUAGCGGAGAAUGACAGGGUCACGCCAAGGUUCUUUGCACUCUGGGAGGAGGACACAAUGGAGUUGUCAACCGUGAUGGCGAGAUCAUGGAGCAGGCAGUCCUUCCCCGGGAGGAAGAGCAGCUCCGUCUUGCCGAGGUUCAUCUUGAGGUGGUGAUCCGACAUCCACACUGAUAUGUCUGCCAGACAUGCAGAGAUGCGAUUCGCCACCUGGUUAUCAGAAGGGGGAAAGGAGAAAAUUAAUUGUGUGUCGUCUGCGUAGCAAUGAUAGGAGAGACCAUGUGAGGAUAUGACAGAGCCAAGUGACUUGGUGUAUAGAGAGAAUAGGAGAGGACCUAGAACUGAGCCCUGGGGGACACCAGUGGUGAGAGCACGUGGUGCGGAGACAGAUUCUCGCCACGCCACCUGGUAGGAGCGACCUGUCAGGUAGGACGCAAUCCAUGAGUGAGCAGCGCCGGAGAGGCCCAAUUCGGAGAGGGUUGAGAGGAGGAUCUGAUGGUUCACAGUAUCAAAGGCAGCAGAUAGGUAUAGAAAGAUAAGAGCAGAGGAGAGAGAGUUAGCUUUAGCAGUGCGGAGAGCCUCCGUGACACACAGAAGAGCAGUCUCAGUUGAAUGACCAGUCUUGAAACCUGACUGGUUUGGAUCAAGAAGGUCAUUCUGAGAGAGAUAGCAAGAGAGUUGGCUAGAGACGGCGCGCUCAAGAGUUUUGGAGAGAAAAGAAAGAAGGGAUACUGGUCUGUAGUUGACAUCGGAGGGAUCGAGUGUAGGUUUUUUGAGGAGGGGUGCAACUCUCGCUCUCUUGAAGACGGAAGGGACAUGGCCAGCGGUCAAGGAUGAGCUGAUGAGCGAGGUGAGGUAAGGGAGAAGGUCUCCGGAAAUGGUCUGGAGAAGAGAGGAGGGGAUAGGGUCAAGCGGGCAGGUUGUUGGGCGGCCGGCCGUCACAAGUCGCAAGAUUUCAUCUGGAGAGAAAGGGGAGAAAGAAGUCAAAGCAUAGGGUAGGGCAGUGUGAGCAGGACCAGCGGUGUCAUUUGACUUAAUAAAUGAGGAUCGAAUGUCGUCAACCUUCUUUUCAAAAUGGUUGACCAAGUCAUCCACAGAGAGGGAGGAGGAGGAUUCAGCAGGGAGGAGAAGGUUGCAAAGAGCUUCCUAGGGUUAGAGGCAGAUGCUUGAAAUUUAGUGGUAGAAAGUGGCUUUAGCAGUGGAAACAGAGGAAGAGAAUGUAGAGAGGAGGGAGUGAAAAGAUGACAGGUCUGCAGGGAGUCUAGUUUUCCUCCAUUUCUGCUCGGCUGCCUGGAGCCCUCUUCUGUGAGCUCGCAAUGAGUCGUCAAGCCACUGAGCAGGAGGGGAGGACCAAGCCGGCUGGGGGGAUAGGGGGACAUAGAGAGUCAAAAGAUGUAGAAGGAGAGGAGGGUUGAGGAGGCAGAAUCAGGAGAUCGGUGGGAGAAGGAUUUAGCAGAGGGAAGAGAUGAUAGGAUGGAAGAGGAGAGAGUAGCGGGAGAGAGAGAGUGAAGGUUGCGACGGCACAUUACCAUCUGAGUAGGGGCAGAGUGAGUAGUGUUGGAGGAGAGCGAGAGAGAAAAGGAUAGAAAGUAGUGGUCGGAGACUUGGAGGGGAGUUGCAGUGAGAUUAGUAGAAGAACAGCAUCUAGUAAAGAUGAGGUCAAGCGUAUUGCCUGCCUUGUGAGUAGGGGGUGAUGGUGAGAGGGUGAGGUCAAAAGAGGAAAGGAAUGGAAAGAAGGAGGCAGAGAGAAAUGAGUCAAAGGCAGACGUAGGGAGGUUAAAGUCACCCAGAACUGUGAGGGGUGAGCCAUCCUCAGGAAAGGAACUUAUCAAGGCGUCAAGCUCAUUGAUGAACUCUCCAAGGGAAUCUGGAGGGCGAUAAAUGACAAGGAUGUUAAGCUUGAAUGGGCUAGUGACUGUGACAGCAUGGAAUUCAAAUGAGGAGAUAGACAGAUGGUUCAGGGGAAAAAGAGAGAAUGUCCACUUGGGAGAGAUGAGGAUUCCUGUGCCACCGCCGCGCUGACCAGAUGCUCUCGGGUAUGCGAGAACACAUGGUCAGACGAGGAAAGAGCAGUAGGAGUAGCAGUGUUUUCUGUGGUAAUCCAUGUUUCCGUCAGCGCCAAGAAGUCGAGGGACUGGAGGGUAGCAUAGGCUGAGAUGAACUCUGCCUUGUUGGCCGCAGAACGGCAGUUCCAGAGGCUGCCGGAGACCUGGAACUCCACGUGGGUCGUGCGCGCAAGGACCACCAGAUUAGUGCCAGCAGCCACGCGGUGUGAAGCGUUUGUAUGGCCUGUGCAGAGAGGAGAGAACAGGGAUAGACAGACACAUAGUUGACAGGCUACAGAAAAGGCUACAAUAAUGCAAAGGAGAUCGGAAUGAAAUUAACUAAACAUCUGGGAAAGCGAGAGAGCGGGGCCUCACUCACUUACGUUUCACUGAAACACUCAAAUAUAACUCUCCCAACUUCCACUUUAGAAAUUAUAAUUGAUGUAAACAACAGCGGUUCAAUGUUUUCUAGGAAUAGACUCUAACUUAGUUUAUUCAGCUAGCUAACUUGGUAAAUGGGUUUCCAUAGCUGAGCAGCCGCACACAAGCCUAAGGCCCCUUUUAGUUCCAGUGAAAGGAAAUCUGAACUCUACAGCAUACAAUUACAUUCUAGAAGAUUCUGUGCUUCCAACUUUGUGGCAACAGUUUGGGGAAGGCCCUUUCCUGUUUCAGCAUUACAAAGCGACGUGCGCAGGGGACACCUGCUCAUCAAACAUCUCAUUCCAAAAUCAUGGGCAUUAUUAUGGAGUUGGUCCCCUCUUUGCUGCGAUAACAGCCUCCACUCUUCUGGGAAGGCUUUCCACUAGAUGUUCGAACAUUGCUGCGGGGACUUGCUUCCAUUCAGCCACGAGCAUUAGUGAGGUUGGGCACUGAUGUUGGGCAAUUUAAGCCAUAGGUGUUCGAUGGGGUUGAGGUCAGGGCUCUGUGCAGGCCAGUCAAGUUCUUCCAUACCAAUCUCGAAAACCAUUUCUGUAUAGACCUCGCUUUGUGCACGAGGCAUUGUCGUGCUGAAACAGGAAAGGGCCUUUCACAAACUAUUGCCACAAAGUUGGAAGCACAGAAUUGUCUAGAAUGUCAUUGUAUGCUGUAGCGUUAAGAUUUCCCUUCACUGGAACUAAGGGGUCUAGCCCGAACCAUGAAAAACAGCCCCAGACCAUUAUUCCUCCUCCACCAAGUCACUGAGCUCUUCAGUAAGGCCAUUCUACUGCCAAUGUUUGUCUAUUGCGAUUGCAUGGCUGUGUGAUCGAUUUCAUACACCUGUCAGCAACGGUGUGGCUGAAAUAGCCAAACCACUCAUUUGAAGGGGUGUCCACAUACGUUUGUGUAUAUGUAGUGUACUUUACUCGAAUAAAACAGUUGGAUUGAAACCUGCCCAGUGACACCUUUGCUUUAACCUUCCAUUUUUUAAAAUUGUAUACAUUUUUUAUUUAACCUUUUUAUUUAACUAGGCAAGUCAGUUAAGAACAUAUUCUUAUUUACGAUGACGGCCAAACCCGGACGACGCUUGGCCAAUUGUGUGCCACCCUAUGGGACUCCCAAUCACGGCCGGAUUGUCAUACAGACUGGAAUUGAACCAGGGUCUGUAGUGACCCUGAUCUCUUGGAAUUAUGAAAUAUCCUUUGUUGGUGAGAUGUAGCCAACAGUACAACAGGGUUGACUUUCUUUACAACACUAAAGCAUUAUGGAUUCGAUUAAAUCCAAGAGUGCUCAUUUAGGCUUGCCAGAAGUGCUCAUAGGGCUCUUAUUAGAUCUUGGACGUCUCUGCGAUGAUGACCGUAGACAGUCUUCCUUUCUCCUCUAUCAGCCUGUUGUUUGGUAAUCCAUUUUGACAGUUUAAUGGGUAGUGCAAGUAAGUGGCGUGAACGGUCUUUGUAACACACACAGAGUUGAUAGCAGGAUUAGCAAGACCCUUUUUCUUAUUUCAUGGGCUUUUAAUAGAACAUUUUGACACUUUACUUUAUACUAUAGUCAUUAUGUACCAUGCUCCAGGAAGACAGCCAGGAAAGAUGUGGCCGUACUUUAUACUAUAGUCAUUAUGUACCAUGCUCCAGGAAGACAGCCAGGAAAGAUGUGGCCGUACUUUAUACUAUAGUCAUUAUGUACCAUGCUCCAGGAAGACAGCCAGGAAAGAUGUGGCCGUACUCAACCCUCUAAACUAAAGCUCAUCAUUAUCUAGUCUCUUCCCACAGCCGUGUCAUGAGUCUGGCAAGCGAGACAGGACUAAUCAUCAUUACUCUAUUUCUACUGUCAGGUGGGCAAAGAGUUUGGCUUCACCUCCAACGGCUUCUCCAUCUAUCUGAACCGCAACAAGACCGACGAGAUCCGGUCCCAGAGUAAGACCCUCAGCCUGCUGAAGAUCAAGUGAGUUUGGAGCAACAUUGGGUUGUUUCCAUUGGACCUAAAACACACGGAUCACUAGUUGUUGGGCUGCUCCAUUUAGCUAGCUACACAUGUUGUCAUCCAUAUCGUCACUUCAUUGUUUUACCUUGGAUUGUCAUUAUGCUCAUUUGUGUGUGUUUUUUUUUACGUGUCUAAUUCUUCCCUCCCUCUAGACAUGGAGACAUGCUCUACCUGUACCCCUCGGGCUCCCCGGGACCAGCAGGAGAGACCAUGGACGUGGCCACGCCUCACUCGUCAUCAUCACUUCCCUCCACCUCCCAUUCCUCCUCUUCCUCCUCCUCUUCUUCCUCGUCCGUGAUGUCACGCUCCCACUCGGCACCCCACAUCUCAGAGGACGAGAUCGACCAGUACCUGGCCAAGCAGGAGGGAAAGAUCUACAGGAACAAAGAUCCACAGCUGUAAGAGCUUUAUAUACUUCCUGUAUGUUGUUGUAUUGAAGCAAAGACCUACAGGAGCAGAGAUCCACAGCUGUAAGAGCUUUAUAUACUUCCUGUAUGUUGUUGUAUUGAAGCAAAGACCUACAGGAGCAGAGAUCCACAGCUGUAAGAGCUUUAUAUACUUCCUGUAUGUUGUAUUCAAGCAACGAUCUACAGGAACAGAGAUCCACAGCUGUAAGAGCUUUAUAUACUUCCUGUAUGUUGUUGUAUUGAAGCAAAGACCUACAGGAGCAGAGAUCCACAGCUGUAAGAGCUUUAUAUACUUCCUGUAUGUUGUUGUAUUGAAGCAAAGACCUACAGGAGCAGAGAUCCACAGCUGUAAGAGCUUUAUAUACUUCCUGUAUGUUGUAUUCAAGCAACGAUCUACAGGAACAGAGAUCCACAGCUGUAAGAUUUAUAUACAGAAAGAUCUACAGGAACUAGGGAUGUGACGAAUUGACAAUUUUUCGUAAUGUUUCAAUUGCCAUUCUUUUAAUCGGUUUUCCGUUAAAACGAGAAGACAGAUAUUUCACCAGAUGUAUAAAUGUGAAGCCAUACUCUUGGCGUUUCCACUCACUACCAAAUAUGGUGGUGAGAGGAAGCCCAGUGGCCGGCAGUGGGAGAAGAUGGAAGCAGAUGGAUUUUGGCCAACAUUCUUCACAUUUUCUCAUCGAUUUAAAAAUGUGAUGUCAAUACAGUUUUCUGUUCCCAAAACUAGAAUAUGUUAUGAACAGAGUGGACUAAGUUUAGCAGACUUUACCCUUUGCCAAAGUUUUUAAAAAUUGCGUUGUUUAGGAGUGCUAAGGCGAUUUGGCUUAUAGAACGCGCAGUAGGCGUUCCCUAACGGAAAUAUGCAGAUGCAUGCUAGAACGGGCCAAUAGAUCUUGCUAGCUCAUGCUUGGCUCUGCCCACUAUGACUCAUUUGUUCCCAUUGGAAACGACACGCUGUGGUCUAUCUUGGUUUAGUUAUAAAAAAAAUCUUUGCUGUAGGCAUAUGUCUCAACUCCCAUUAUAAAGGGAAUAACACUGUUGAAACGGGAAUAAACGGUGAACAGUGAUAUUAAUGAGAAAGACGCACCCAUUUCAGUAGCGCGAGUCGUGGCUCAAAUGGUCCUUCAUUUAGCAAAUGACCUCGCAACUCAAUUAGGCCAUUGUUAAUGGCUGCAUAUCAACUUCAAUAAUUUCUGUAGUCGUUAAUUAACUUUUUAAUUCAUCUGCGAUGAGGUGCAGCGUGCUUUAUAUCCGUGGCCCCCAAAAAAUUGAAAGAUACAUCAAUUAAUCAAUCAAAUGUAUUUAUAAAGCCCUUUUUACAUCAGCAGUUGUUACAAAGUGCUUGUACAGAAACCCAGUCUAAAACCCCAAAGAGCAAGCAAUGCAGAUGUAGAAGCAUGGUGGCUAUGCUGUAACAUUAGUAAGAGCAUUGUGGCAUCUUAGUAAAGUUACAGCAUUGUAGCGUUAGGUAGGGUUAUUUGUUAAACGUUUUCCCUUUGUGAUGAUAAUGAUGAUCGGGAGGGUUAGUGGUAGUUUCGUGAUAACUGCACUGUGAUCUUAAUUUUGUGGAGCGAUUUUUUUCUUUUCUUAACCUUAAGGAUUCAAUUUCGUUUAAACGUUCACACCCCUAACAGGAACAUCGAUCCACAGCUGUAAGAUAUUUAUAUACAUAAAGAUCUAUAGGAACAGAGAUCCACAGCUGUAAGAUAUUUAUAUACAUAAAGAUCUAUAGGAACAGAGAUCCACAGCUGUAAGAGAUUUUAUAGACUUUCUGUAUGUUGUAUUGAAGCAAAGAGCUACAGGAUCAGAGAUCCACAGCUGUAAGAGAUUUUAUAGACUUUCUGUAUGUUGUAUUGAAGCAAAGAUCUAUAGGAACAGAGAUCAACAGGUGCAAGUGGGACUGUAGCUAGCUAGUUAUGUAAUUGUAUUAAGGCAUUCAAUUGUAUCAGUGCAUUGAUUCAGUUCUUGUUUCAGGUGUCGACAUGGAUCGAUGGGAAAGUGUGUGCACUGCGUACCACUAGAGGUAAGUGUUCUUUCAUUCAUCCAACUAUUACGGUUUGCUUUAAAAUGGUGUUUUACAUGUCAACUUUGCUGUGAAUUUAAUUGUUUUCUGUCUGCCAGCCUUUUGACGAAGAGUACCUGAGCCAUCUAGAGCCACCUGUCAAGCACAUGUCAUUCCACGCCUACAUCCGCAAGCUGACAGGAGGCGCUGACAAGUGAGUGGCACCUGACGUUCUCUAGCCUGCUUCCAGAUCUUUCUGUGCCGUCUUGGCAACAUCAAUAGAAUAUACACUCUAUAUACCCUUCACAUCUCUAGCAGGAGAAUUGGCCACAUCCACAAGCUCUUUGUCUUUUUAUUAAAAAUGUUUUUCCCUCUACAGAGGGAAGUUUGUGGCCCUGGAGAACAUCAGCUGUAAGAUCAAGUCGGGCUGCGAAGGCCAUCCUCCCUGGCCAGAGGGGAUCUGCACCAAGUGCCAGCCCAGCGCCAUCACCCUCAAUAGACAAGUACACCCUAUAACUCUCUCCUCCUUGCUGCCAAGAGUCCAUCUCAAUACUACUCUUUGCUACCAAGGGUCCAUCUCGGUAGUCUAAAGCAGGGUUUCCCAAACUCGGUCCUGCCCCCCCCCCCCCCCCCCUCCCCCCCUGGGUGCACGUUUAGUUUUUUUGCCCUAGUACUACACAGCUGAUUUUAAAAUAACCAACUUAUUUGAAUCCUCUGUGUAGUGCUAGGGCAAAAACCAAAACGUGCACCCGGGGGGGCCCAGGACCGAGUUUGGGAAACCCUGUUCUAGAGUGGGUUCUCCUUGGCUUCAUUUAGUCAUUGGUUGUCACAGAAUGGGUGAUAACAAGGCAAUAUGGUGGGUGGGUGCCUACAAGGAUAUUUGUUUGAACUUUUUCACCUGUCCAGUUCUGUCACGUCAGUUCAGAUUAAGUCAUGAUGAGUGGAAUCCACUGUAAACUUUUGAAAUGCACUUCAAGAGAUUUCUCAACCUCUACUCAUUCCUAGUGGUGGAGAUGCUGAUUUUUAUAACCCACCUCAUCCCUGCCAACAGAAAUACAGACAUAUAGACAACAUCAUGUUUGAGAACCACACCAUCGCAGACCGUUUCCUGGACUUCUGGAGGAAGACGGGCAGCCAGAGGAUGGGUUUCCUGUACGGCAGGUACACGGAGCACAAAGACAUCCCUCUGGCCAUCAGAGCGGAGGUCGCUGCCAUCUACGAACCCCCACAGGUGAGUGCUCUGCUCUCUGGAGUCACUCCCAAUGGCUUGUUAGUGAGUUGUGGCUGUAGUAAGAUUGGUUAGCCACAGGAUGGCAGUAGGUUCACUUUCAAUGGGGGGAAUGGGUAUUAAACAAAGUGCUGCUGUUGCAGGACCAGUAGUUAUAUCACAGACUUAAGUAAUCGGAUCAUUGUAUCUACACUGAACAAAAACAUGAACGCAACAUGUAAAGUGUUGGUCCCAUGUUUCAUGAGCUGAAAUAAAAGAUCCCAGAAAUGUUCCAUACGCAUAAAAAGCUUAAUUCUCUAGAAUUAAGUGAACAGAUCUGUUUACAUCCCAGUUAGUGAGCAUUUCUCCUUUGCCAAGAUAAUCUAUCCACCUGACAGGUGUGGUAUAUCAAGAAGCUGAUUAAACGGCAUGAUCAUUACACAGGUGCACCUUGUGCUGGGGACAAUAAAAGGCCAUUCAAAGAAUUUGCUGUGGUCACACACAAUGCCACAGAUGUCUCAAGUUGUGAGUGAGUGUGCAAUUGGCAUGAUGACUGCAGGAAUGUCCACCACAGCUGUUGCCAGAGUAUUGAAUGUUCAAUUCUACACCAUCAGCCGUUUUAGAGAACGUUGUUUUAGAGAAUUUGGCAGUACGUUCAACCUGCCUCAUAACAGCAGACCACUUGUUUGGCGUUGUGUGGGCGAGCGGUCAACGUUGUGAACAGAGUGCCCCAUGGUGGCGUUGGGGUUAUGGUAUGGGCAGGAAUAAGCUGCGGACAACGAACAUGAUUGCGAUUUAGCGAUGGCAAUUUGAAUACACAAAAAUGCCAAGACGAGAUCCCGAGGCCCAUUGUCGUGCCAUUCAUCUGCCGCCAUCACCUCAUGUUUCAGCAUAAUGCACUGCCCAAUGUCGCAAGGAUCUGUACAGAAUUCCUGGAAGAUAAAUGUUCCAGUUCUUCCAUGGCCUACGGACUCACCAGACAUGUCCCCCAUUAAGCAUGUUUGGGAUGCCCUGGGUCGACGUGUACGACAGUGUUCCAGUUCCCGCCAAUAUCCAGCAUCUUCACACAGUCAUUGAAGAGGAGUGGGACAACAUUCCACAGGCCACAAUCAACAGCCUGAUCAACUCUAUAUGAAAGAGAUGUCUCACUGCAUGAGCCAAAUGGUGGUCACACCAGAUACUGAUUGGUUUUCUGAUCCACACGCCUACCUUUUUUUAAAGGUAUUUGUGACCAACUUUUGCAUAUCUGUAUUCCCAGUCCUGUGAAAUCCAUAGGUUAGGGCAUAAUGAUUUCCUUAUAUGAACUGUAACUCAGUAAAAUCUUUGAAAUCGUUACAUGUUGCGUUUUAUAUUUUUGUUCAGUGUGUGUGUAUAUAUAUUUAUUUUCUUAUGCUAUUGGAAACAACUGUAAGGUUACUGUGUACUUUGUUAGAAAUAAUAUAUUAAUCCUAAUGUGUUUUUAUUUAGUGGUUUGUUUGAUUCCUCUAUACAUCAGAUUGCCUCCCAGAACAGUGUUGAGCUGGUAGAGGACCCUAAAGCUGCAGCUGUGGAGGAGAUCGCAGCCAAGCUGGGCCUGCGCAAGGUUAGACCACACCACUAGCUGAUACUAUGGACAAUAUCCUGUCCCUGAUCCAGAUUCUGAACCUGCCUAGGUCCAUAUCAUCUCUAAACUAUUGUGCUAUUAUUAUUAUUAUUAUUAUUAUUAUUAUUAUUAUUAUUAUUAUUCCAAAUGCAUCCAGCUGACCUGGUGCCACAUUUUGUAUUUUGAUGUCACAACAAAUCACAGUAUUGGAGGGGUAGUAUCCUUUUCCACGUACCACCCUUCAUCUGGGUCGGACCCCCGUCACUCAGGGGGAUCAGGUUUAGGAGAACAUCUGGGUUCAAGCCCAGGAGUCUGUAGACCGAACAGACAGCAGCUCCUCUCCAGUCUGACUGGCCAAUCAUUAUAGACCACUGGGGCCGUGAGGCACUAAUCAAUGUGGGGGCGUUCCUUAGAUUCCUCAAUCUUUACAGGAUAGUGGCUUUAAACAGCUUCCAUAUGCUCCCAGGCCAUGGUGUAUGUAAUGUGUAGAAAAUGUACGCAACCAUUUUAAGAAAGAAAAACCCAAUCAGUGUUGCUGCUGUUGUCCAUAUGUGUCUAAUAGUUGUUGUCCACAACAGUUUGCUUGUUAUGAAUAUAGGUUACUCCACAAAAGUUUCACAAUAUAUAUUAAUAUUCAAAGUAUCAUAUAUUCUUAUAUGAGCUGUGGUGAGCUUCACUUUACUGAUCAUAGUUUUCCUAUGUGGUCUGUACUGUAGGUGGGAUGGAUCUUCACUGACCUGCUCUCUGAGGACACCAGGAUAGGCACGGUCAAAUACACCAGGAACAAGGACUCGUACUUCCUUAGUGCGGAGGAGUGCAUCACGGCUGGACACUUCCAGAACCAACAGUGUAACCCCUGCAGACUCUCACCCGACGGACACUUUGGAUCCAAGUUUAUCACUGUGGUGGCCACAGGUACACAGACCUAACUAGGCUUUCUGUGGUUCACUUCUACAACAGAAUCCUACCACACCAGAAGCAGGUGUAGAUGUGCCCUAGUUGUUUCUGACUCGAUCACUUCAAAGCAAGUAGUUACACAGUGGACUUUGGUUUGAGGAUAGUAACGCAGCACGUUGUUACAAAACUUUUGUUUGCACUGACCGACCGACUCAUUUUGUGGUUGUUAAUGCAUACAAGUAAUAAGAACACACCUCUAGCCUCCAUUAUCCUCCUGAGGUCCUGAAGGCUCACUUAUAGCUGGGGACAUGAACUUGGGUGUUCAUGAGAUGUGGAUAUUUCAGCACAACCAUGGCCGUGAUUCUAUGAAUAUUAUAUGGCUAUCCUGGGUCUGCACUAUUGUAUGACGGAGCAAUCAUGCUCACAUGACAUUGAGUAAUGAUGAGAGAGACGACCUGCUCUUGUGAUAUUCAAAAUGUUCCUGUUUUAUCAGUGAACCCAUCCUUCUCUCCCUACAGGUGGUCCUGAUAACCAGGUGCACUUUGAGGGUUACCAGGUGUCUAACCAGUGCAUGGCCCUGGUCAGAGAUGAGUGUCUACUGCCCUGCCGAGACGCCCCGGAGCUGGGCUACGCUAAAGAGUCCAGCACGGAGCAGUACGUACCAGACGUCUUCUACAAGGUACCGUUCCUUUGUAACUUGGGAGCUGGGGAUGACUGCAGCACUCGUACAACAUUCUGAGACACACCAAACUCACAACAAGACAGUCACUUUUUCUCUCACCACUCAGUCAUUUUUACUGCUCCAAAUGUUUCCUUUAGGCUAAAAUGGCAGGAACAAACGUUGAAUAAAAUGUUGUCCGGUAGAUUGAGUUAGCCUAGAAGGAACGUUGUGUGAAUAAAUGGAGCUGGCUUGGACCUGAGAUAAACCUAAAGGAUCACUGCUUUAUAGAAGUAAGGAAACAGUGACAUCACAAUGCAGCGGUCUGUGCAUGCUACAAGACACCUUCCAAUAAUGUGAGAAUGACAGAAUGAAUGCAACCCAAAGUUCUUAUUCGCUCUGCCAAGGGCAUAAACACCAUCAUCCUCUCUCUGCCUAGGGCAUAAACACCUCCAUCAUCCUCUCUCUGCCUUGGGCAUAAACACCUCCAUCAUCCUCUCUCUGCCUUGGGAAUAAACACCAUCAUCCUCUCUCUGCCUUGGGCAUAAACACCAUCAUCCUCUCUCUGCCUAGGGCAUAAACACCUCCAUCAUCCUCUCUCUGCCAAGGGCAUAAGCACCUCCAUCAUCCUCUCUCUGCCUUGGGCAUAAACACCUCCAUCAUCCUCUCUCUGCCUAGGGCAUAAACACCUCCAUCAUCCUCUCUCUGCCAAGGGCAUAAACACCUCCAUCAUCCUCUCUCUGCCAAGGGCAUAAACACCUCCAUCAUCCUCUCUCUGCCUUGGGAAUAAACACCUCCAUCAUCCUCUCUCUGCCUUGGGCAUAAGCACCUCCAUCAUCCUCUCUCUGCCUUGGGCAUAAACACCUCCAUCAUCCUCUCUCUGCCUAGGGCAUAAACACCUCCAUCAUCCUCUCUCUGCCUAGGGCAUAAACACCUCCAUCAUCCUCUCUCUGCCUAGGGCAUAAACACCUCCAUCAUCCUCUCUCUGCCUUGGGCAUAAACACCUCCAUCAUCCUCUCUCUGCCUUGGUCAUAAACACCAUCAUCCUCUCUCUGCCUUGGGCAUAAACACUUCCAUAGUUUAGACAUGAUCCUCUCAGUAUUACAUCAUUGUCUGCAGAAAAUGACAGAAGUAGAGGCGAAGUUGUCAGUUCUCUUAGUUGUCAGUUCUCCUACUGCUGUCACAUGUUGUCACUUCCUGUUGAGUGCGGAACGAGGGAGAGCUCGGUUUGUUGUUUUGGAAUGUUUUUAAAGUCUCUGGAAAAGUGUUCGGUUAAAGAAGUUUGGUUACUAGCUAGCUACCUUUUUUGAGUUUGGAUCUCGCGACGUGGUUGGCAUCAGUUGCUGGGACCGCUGCUCUCUGUCCAGGGAUCCCGCUGACCAAGGGUCAGAUGAGCUGCUUGGAGUAGCAGGUAUCCUAGCUACCACUGUUAGCUGCCUAUCAAGCUAACGGGGUUUCCUUGAGGGCUUGAACGCAGCUCUCGACGUGGUUAGCCCUUGUGGCUGCGACCGCGGGUUGUCCCAGCCUUAAAGACCAAAGCCGGUGGGAGUACCGUUGAGGACAGCGGUUUGUCUCGGUCACUGGUGAAGGAUAUUUUUAAGAACAAAAAUAGUUCUAUAAGCUGUUGUUACAACAAGAAAAUUGUUUCAAGUGUUGUCGUCCAAAUUGACGACCUGACACAGAGGUUCAGGACCUGAAGAACAGUUUGCAGUUCUCCCAGGGUCAGCUCGAUGAGUUUAAACAGGAGGGACAGCAAGAUGACAGCACUCUGGAAGUCAUUUAGAGAGGACAUCAGUUCUGUAUGUGAAUCCAUGAUAACAAUGUCGGAGAAAUCGGAUAACCUUUAGGGACAAUGAAGGCAGAACAAUAUUGUUGUGGACGCAAUUGCAGAAUCUCCACAUGAGACCUGGACGGAGUCUGAGGACAAAGUGAGGGAAAUGAUCUUGGAGAAACUGAAGAUGGACCACAGGAAGAUUGAGGUGGAGCGCGUCCACAGGACUGGAAAACCCACCACCGGCAUAGGUUACAGGCCCAGGCCAAUAGUGGUCAAGUUCCUGAGGUUCAAGGACAAGGUAGCUGUUCUGGAAAGCGCCACCAACUUGAGAGGAAAUUACAUCUUUCUCAACAAGGACUAUCCUGAAAAUGUGCGCCAGAAGAGAAAAUAACUUAUCCCGACCAUGAACGCUGCCAGAGCGCUUGGGGACAUUGCUUACAUCCUCUAUGUCAGGCUCAUUGUCCACCCUCCCUCCCAAAAACCUGGAAGGGAUGAGAGCCAAGCCUAUGGGUUUGUGGCUUCAACCCCGCAGCACACACACUUGCACACCCACCAACUGAUUAAUGGACUGCUGAUUUUAUUUUUAUUUUUUAUCUUGCUUUGUUUGUUAUUUUCCAUAUUAUGUCUAUCUCUGAGAGGCUACCUAGGAAUGGGCUGAAAAUAGCCCAAAUUAAUAUAUGUAGGUUCAUGAAAUCAGAUUACAUUAGCCAUUUCUGAGACUCACUUAGAUAAUUCAUUUUUAUACAGCAGUAGCAAUACAAGGAUAAAACAUGUAUAAAAGAGACAGGAAUGCUUAUGGGGAGGUGUUGCUAUAUAUCCUAUACAAAAAUAUAAACGCAACAAUUUCAAUGAUUUUACUGAGUUACUGUUCAUAUUAGGAAAUCAGUCAAUUGAAAUAAAUUCAUGAGGCCCUAAUUUAUGGAUUUCACAUGACUGGGCAGGGUUGCAGCCAUGGGAGGGCAUAGGGCCACCCACUGGGCAGCCAGGCCCAGCCAAUCAGAAUUAAUUUUCCCCCACAAAAGGGCUUUAUUACAGACAGAAAUACUCCUCAGUUUCAUCAGCUGCUGGGUGGCUGGUCUCAUACCAUCCUGCAGGUGAAGAAGCCGGAUGUGGAGGUCCUGGGCUGGCGUGGUUACACAUGGUCUGCCGUUGAGGCCGGUUGGACGUACUGCCAAAUUCUCUAAAACAACGGAGGCUGCUUAUGGUAGAGAAAUAAACUUUAAAUUAUCUGACAACAGCUCUAGUGGACAUUCUUGCAGUCAGCAUGCCAAUUGCACGCUCCCUCAACUUGAGACAUCUGUGGCAUUGUGUUGUGUGAGACAACUGCACAUUUUAGUUGCCUUUUAUUGUCCCCAGCACAAGGUGCACCUGUGUAAUGAUCAUGCUGUUUAAUUAAUCAGCUUCUUGAUAUGCCACACCUGUUAGGUGGAUGGAUUAUCGUGGCAAAGGUGAAAUGCUCACUAACAGGGAUGGAACCCAAUUUGUGCACAAUUUUAGCGAAAUAAUAUUUUUUUGAGUAUGGAAAACUUCCAUGGAAACAUGGGACCAACACCUUACAUGUUGCGUUUUUAUUUUUUUGUUCAGUGUAUAUUCAGAGCCAUAUCCCUGUAAUGCUUAAAGAUCUCAUGUCAAGUGUUACUGAAGUGCUGUGGUUGCAGGUUCACCUGCCUCAUCUAAAGCCUAUUAUUUUGGUGUUGUUAUAGGCCACCAAGUGCUGACAGUCAGUAUCUAAAUAAUGUGUGUGAAAUGCUUGAUAGUGUAUGUGAUGUAAACAGAGGUCUACUUUCUUGGUGACCUGAAAUGGAUUGGUUUUCAUCAAACUGUCAAGAGGAAGCUUCUCACUAACCAGUGCCUGUAAUCUGGUUCAGGUUAUUAAUCGACCUACCAGGGUGUUUAGAAACACUGAAGGAACACGAUCAUCCACAUGUAUUGAUCACAUUUUUACUGAUACUGUAGAACCUUGUUCUGAAGCUGGAUUCGUACCUAUUAGAUGCAGUGAUAUAUCUAGGGGAGCCAAAGUUCCAAAAGCUGUGCCUAAAAAGGUGUAUAUAAGCGAUCAUACAAAAGAUUUUGCUCUUAUGUGGAUGUUAGAAAUAUUUGUUAGUCUGUGAUUUCAUAAAGAGUUUCCAGAUGCUGCACUUGAUGAAUUUAUGAAAUUGCUUCUUCCAGUAAUUGAUAAACAUGCACCUGUUAAGAAACGGACUGUUAGAUCUGUUAAAUCUCUAUGGUGAUGAUGAACAAUUGGAAAAAACUGUAUGGCUGAAAGAGAUGGGGCAAAAGGAGUGGCCAAUAGGUGGCUGCCCAUCUGACUGGCUGACUUACUGCAAAUUGAGAAAUGAUUUGACUAAACUCAUCAAAAAGAAGAUGAGACUGUAUUAUGAAGCCAAUAUCAAUGAUAUAAAGAAUGAUGGAAAAAAACUUUGGAGUACUUUAAAUUAUGGGCAGAAAAACAAAUUCAACUCCAUCUUUCAUCGAAUCAUCUAUUCAUCACAAAACCAUUUGAUGUUGCCAAUUAUUUUGAUUCCUUCAUUGGCGAACUAAGGCAGGAAAUGCCAAGAACUAUAUGUAACUCUGUUUUAUCGCACUGCUUUGCUUUAUCUUGGCCAGGUCGCAGUUGUAAAUGAGAACUUGUAACCGGCUUACCCGGUUAAAUAAAGGUUAAAUAAAAAAUUAAAUUAAAUAACUAACAGUGAGCUAUCGUAUUCAUGCAUAAAAAAAACAAAUAAUGAAUUUUGUAAAGUUAGUGUGGGAGAGGUGAAAAAAUUAGUAUUGAUCAAUAAUGGGCAGCAGGUAGCCUGGUGUGUAGGGUCGUUGGGCCAGUAACCCAAAGGUUGCUGGAUCGAAUCCCAGAGCUGACAAGGUCAAAAUCUGUCGUUCUGCCCCUGAGCAAGGCAGUUAACCAACUGUUCCCCGGGCGCCGAUGAUGUCGAUUUUAAGGCAGCCCCCCGCACCUCUGAUUCAAAAGGGUUGGGUUACAUGCGGAAGACACAUUUCAGUUGAAUGCAUUCAGUUGUACAACUGACUAGAUAUCUCCUUUCCUAAUUACAAAUCUGGAAUUGACAACUUAGAUGGAAUUCUCCUGAGGAUGGUAGCUGACUAUGGCCUCUCCUAUCUGGCAUAUCUUUAAUCUGAGUCUAGAGGAAGGUGUUAGUCUUCAGGCCUGGAGGGAAGCCAAAGUCAUUCCGCUACCCAAGAGUGGUAAAGCGGCCUUUACUGGUUCUAACAGUAUACCCAUCAGCUUGCUGCCAGCUCUUAGGAAACUGUUGGAAAAAAAUUGUUUGACCAAAUACUAUGCUAUUUCUCUAUAAACAAACUGACAACAGACUUUCUGCAUGCUUAUAGAGAAGCACUCAUGUGCACUGACUCAAAUGACUGAUUGGUUGAAAGAAAUUGACAUUAAGAAGUUUGUGGGAGCUGUGCUGUUAGAUUUCAGUGCAGCCUUCGAUAAUAUUGAUCAUAACCUGUUGUUGAAAACUAAUGUGUUAUGGCUUUUCAACCUCUGCCAUAUUGUGGCUUCAGAGCUAUCUUUCUAAUAGAAGUCAUAGGGUUUUAUUUAAUGGAAGCUUCUCUAAUGUCAAACAAGUAGGGUGUGGUGUACCGCAGGGCAGCUCUCUAGGCCCUCUUUUCUAUUUUUACCAAUAACAACCAACAUCCCACUGGUAUUAAACAAAGCCUGUGUGUCCAUGUAUGCUGAUGAUUCAACCAUAUACGUUUUAGCAACCACAGCUAAUGAAGUCACUGAAACCCUUAAGAGUUGCAGUCAGUUUUGCAAUAGGUGGCCAGUAAUAAACUGGUCCUGAACAUCUCUAAAACUAAGAGCAUUGUAUUUGGUACAAAUCAUUCCCUAAGCUCUAGACCUCAGCUGAAUCUGGUAAUGAAUGGUGUGGCUGUUGAACAAGUUGAGGAGAAUACAUUACUUGGUGUUACCUUAGAUUGUAAACUGUCAUGGUCAAAACAUAUAUAGAUUCAAUGGUGAAGAGAUACUCUGAUUUUUUUGACACCACACUCCAAAAAGCUAGUCCUGCAGGUUCUAGUUUUGUCUUGUCUUGAUUAUUGUCGAGUCAUGUGGUCAAGUGCUGCUAAGAAAUACUAAGUUAAGCUGCAGCUGGCCCAGAACAGAGCGCCUUGUCUUGCUCUUCAUUCUAAUCAGAGGGCUAAUAUAAAUACUAUGCAUGCCAGUCCUUCUUGGCUAAGAGUUGAGGAGAGACUGACUGUAUCACUUCUUUUUAUGAGAAACAUUGUGUUAAAUUCAAAAUGGCUUGCAUAGUCAACUUACACACAGCUCUGACACACACACACUUACCCCACCAGACAUGCCACCAGGGGUCUUUUCACAGUCCUCAAAACCAGAACAAAUUCAAGAAAGCAGACAGUAUUAUAUAGAGCCAUGGAACUCCCUUCCAUCUCAUAUUGCUCAAAUGAACAGCAGACCUUGUUGAAAAAAAAAAAACAGGUAACGCCACGCCUCACGGCGCAACGCCUCUCCCCUAUUUGACCUAGAUAUUUUGUGUAUGUAUUGAUAUGUGCCGUUGUAUGUAGUUCUGUCCUUGUCUAUUAAUGUUCUGUAUUAUGUCAUGUUUUGUGUGGACCCCAGAAAGAGUAGCUGCUGCUUUCGCAACAGCAAAUGGGGAUCCUGAUUUUAAAAUACCAAAUACCUAUUGGACAGCUACAGCUGUCGUAUUUAUCUCCAUUGAUUGGCAUUUUUCUUCAUCCCCUCAACAGGACAAAGAUAAAUUUGGCAAUGACAUCACAUAUUUAGCCCGGCCUCUUCCUGUGGAGUACCUUAUCAUAGAUGUAAGUAUGAACGAAUGUGGGUGUGGCCUUUUUUAUGCAGGUUAAAGAAGGGAAUCGACCAAUGA